AUCAGCUGCGCUGCUCACCAGGAAGGCCAUCUCAUCCAUCCUUCAUUGUAUUGUAGUGGCAUCACCAGGAACAGCCCAGCCGCAAGAAGACAGACGACAGCAGCGAGUGGGGAUCGGAAGAAAGAGGAAGCGGAGACGAAGGUGAGAGAGAGAGGCAAAAGGGCAGCCAUGACGAUGAAGCAGUCGAGGUUCAAGAGGAUCUGCGUCUUCUGUGGCAGCAGCCAGGGGAAGAAGGCGAGCUACCAUGACGCCGCCGUUGAGCUCGGCAACCAGCUGGUUGCCCGGAGCAUCGACCUGGUGUACGGCGGCGGCAGCAUCGGGCUCAUGGGCCUCGUCUCCCAGGCCGUCUACGGCGGCGGACGGCACGUCAUCGGGGUCAUUCCCAAGACGCUCAUGACACCAGAGAUAAGCGGCGAGACAGUCGGGGAGGUGCGGGCGGUGGCCGACAUGCACCAGAGGAAGGCGGAGAUGGCGCGGCAGUCCGACGCAUUCGUCGCCCUGCCUGGAGGGUAUGGCACGCUGGAGGAGCUGCUGGAGGUCAUCACGUGGGCGCAGCUGGGCAUCCACCACAAGCCGGUCGGGCUGCUGAACGUGGACGGCUACUACAACUCGCUGCUGACCUUCAUCGACAAGGCCGUGGAGGAGGGCUUCAUCAACCCCAGCGCCCGCCGCAUCAUCGUGCUCGCGCCCACCGCGCAGGAGCUCAUGGACAAGCUCGAGGAGUACGAGCCUUACCACGACAGGGUGGCGUCCACGCUCAACUGGGAGACCACGAUGGACCACCUGGCCUACUGACGCCCACGCUGCCAGAGCCGCCAGCAGGCGACUGGGACGACAUCUCUGAUCCAUCGAUGCCAUUCAGGAAACAAGCUUUUAGCUUGCCGUCAGAUUGGGGCUUUUGUUUCGUUUUUAACUGCAUGCAGAUCGGUUUUAUUUGGAGUGCCGGAGGGAGAGAGAAAAAAAAAACAGGUUGAUUAUUCGGUUCGCGUAGCAGGAGUACGUAGUACGUGCUUGUUUUGUGUAUAUGGUGCCUUGUGUUUGCUUCCCACCAACGGGGAUGAUUGAUGGCUUGCAGUGUUGUCUCUGUACCAGUUCAAAAAAAAAAAAA